CCUGGCGUUAACAGCCGGAGCAGUGCUAGUCCUGACAUGUCUCUCUGUGCCUAUUUAAAUCCGGGGGAGACGGGGGAAGUGGUUCCUAACGCUACCAGCCGAGCUUGAAGCACUUUAUGUACAGAAUAUGAAGGGUAUAUUAUAGCGGGGGUGUAUCAAGAACAUCUCAUUAGUACUUCUAUUUAUUUAUUUAGGUGAGAGACAGAAUGGCAGAGAAUUGUGAGAGAAUGUCAGAAUGGCAUAGAAGCAGUUCCCAAAUAAAUACCUUGGACAAUGAGAAACUUGUACGACCUAAAGAGAAACUGCGCGUGUUAUUGCAGCAGGCAGGUGCAGACAAAGACGUUUUCACCAUGAAAGAGGUGAUAUUCUACCUGGGCCAGUACAUCAUGAAGAAACAGCUUUAUGACAUGAAGCAGCAACACAUAGUGCACUGUGCUGACGACCCCCUGGGGGCUGUACUGGGAGUGGACAGCUUCUCUGUUAAAGAACCCCGAGUUCUCUUCGCUAUGAUCACACAAAAUCUCCUAGCAGUGAAAAAUCAAGAAUCCCAAUCUGUCUGCACGGAACCCAGGAGCCACAGUGAACCGGAUAGAGGGCCUAAGGAGACGGACUCAGACUGUCAUUCAUCAUCUACCUCAGAACGCAGGAGGAGAAGGAGGAGUAGUGACCCUGAGGGGACGUCGUCGACACAAGAGGAGGACGGGUGUGAGUCCAGGAAGAGACAUAGGUCAGACAGCUUGUCUCUGACCUUUGAUGACAGCAUGUCCUGGUAUGUGAUUGGAGGCCUGAGACGAGACCGCAGGAGCAGCGAGUCUUCAGUCUCACACAGUAACGCUGAAGUAGGUUCAUUGGUCAGUGACGCGGGUGACGAUGUUCUGAGCCAGGAUCUGGGCUCAGACUCUGAUAACUUCAGCGUGGAGUUUGAGGUGGAGUCCAUCGACUCGGACGCCUACAGCGAUCCCGAAGAGGCUUCAGUGUCUGGAGAGGACGAGGUGUAUGAAGUCACCAUCUUCGAGGCAGAGGACGAGGACUCGUUCGAUGACGACACUGAAAUCACGGAAGCAGACUACUGGAAGUGCUCAAAGUGUGAGGAGUUGAACCCUCCCCUCCCCCGAAACUGCAACCGCUGCUGGACGCUAAGAAUGGACUGGUUUCCCGAUUCUGACAGCAACUCUGCUGCCCCCAACCUCAAACCCUUACCCCCAAAGCCUACCCCAGCCCCGGCAGAGCCCGACGAGACCGAAGGUCUGGAUGUCCCCGACGGGAAGAGAGCCAAGUCGCCCCUACCCCUCCUCAAAGACUCCCAGGAAUUGAUGUCCGUCUCUGGCCCCGAUUCCCAAGACUCGGCCUGCUCCUCCCAGCCCUCCACCUCUUCUUCGAACUCCAACGGCGUGGGCUCAGGCUCGUCCUCUAGCGCCCCCUUCAGUCAAGAAGUCAUGGCACCAGACUUGGAGCGUUUCAACAGCCUGGAGGCUCACCUCCCCGCCAGCUGCCUGGAGCCCUGCGUCAUCUGUCAGACCAGGCCCAAGAACGGCUGCAUCGUACACGGACGCACGGGGCACCUCAUGGCCUGUUACACCUGCGCCAGGAAACUGAAGAAGAGGAACAAGCUGUGUCCCGUCUGCAGGCAGCCGAUCCAGUCUGUCGUCUUAAUUUAUCUCAGCUGAGGACGGCUAUCGGCUAGACUGUGCAUUCCAAAUAAGCAGUCUAUUCCCUUAUGUAAGUGCACUACUCUCAACCAUGGUCUCAAUAGGACUCUGGUCUAACGUAGUGCACUAUAUAGGGGAGUAGGGUGUAACCCUUAGCUACACAACUCCCUGUUCCUCAAAAACAACUUCAAUCCUAAAUGAAUAAAUAAUAUGUUUUAAUUUUGUUUAUUUGGAAGUGAUUUUAUUUAUAAACAAGAGUUUGUUGACUCUUAUUAAACAAGGUGCCUGUUGUUGUUGUUGUUGUUGUUGUGUUGAUUUGGGAUUGAUUUCUAGUGUUCAGUCAAAUAGCCUUUCUAGGUUUUUCAAAUGGAUCAAAUUCUCUUAGUGGUGAAAUAUUCUAUAUAUUUUAUUAAAUAAAGAAUAUCUAGCAAAUUAACAGAGAUGUACAUUUGGGUUUUUCUUAGUUUAUUUUCACCUCGUCUUCCCUCUAUUCUACACAGAUGAUAGUGUUUUAUAUAAUUGUAUCGAUAAUGACAUGGGGUUUAAACUACGUGACAGUCAAAUGUCUCAAUAAAGUUGUUCGCCGGUAGAAAGAGA